GCCAAAUAACUUGAUAAAAAAUUAAAAAUCAACUUUUUACCAACUUUUCAAAACAGCCCUAAAUUACUCAAACCUAAAUCUAUUAAAAUUCAUUUAAAGUGAACCUAAAAAGUACAUAAGUGAAACAUAAAACUUGUUCGAAUCCAAACCUAAAACAACCUUAACUAGCUCUCUGACAAAGUCCCACACGUCAACGCUUUUCAAGUCCUACGUGAGCUGAAUAUCAACGGCUAUAUAUACAUCCCACUCACACAAACAUACAAAAUUCAAAAACACUUUCUUUCUUCUUCUUCUUCUCACUUGUCUUCAAACCCUAGUUAAUUUCUCAUUGCUUCAAAUUCAAACCCUACUCUCUCUCUCUCUCCCCCAUGAAUUUCUUCAAUUCUCUCUCCUCAGACGACCCACACACUUCUCCUUCCUCCCCACUACCCAAUUCCCAAUCAAACGAGCCCUCAAUUUCAUCAAUCACCAAUGUGUGGUCCUUUGGUGACCGCCUCAUCAAAACCCUUGCUUCCAAAUCCAAGUCUCUGAUCGAGAUCUACUGUCGUGAUCUCAAGGAAUUUGCCUCCGGACUGAGGAACGAGACCGCCCUGAUUCAGGAAUUCGCCCUUAAUUUUGGGAACAGAGUCUCUGAGAUCAUAUGUCACAGUAAGAAGGACUCUGUUCUUCUUGCUGGUGAUUCUGAACAAUUUGAGAAUCUGAAGAAUUCGAGACCGUAUAAUAGGUUUAAUGUGCAAAUUCGCAAAAUUCAGUGUGCUUUGAAUACGUAUUGCGAGGAACCGGAGAAUUUAGAGGAGUACUAUAAGUGGGAUUUAGGGUUUAAUUUGGAUGAGAAGGAAUGGGAGAUUGAUGAUUUGAUCGAAGAGAAUGGGAUGAUUGAAGAGAUUUAUAAUGAGGUUGUUCCCAGUAGGGUUGAUCGGGAGACCUUUUGGUGCCGGUAUUUUUAUUGGGUUUGUAAGGUUAAGAAAGCAGAGGAGGCAAGGGCUAGGCUUGCUAAUAAGAGGGCAAUUUCAGUACAGGAGGAAGAAGAGGAUGAAUUUGGUUCGGGUGUUGAAGACGAUGAUUAUGAAGAGAUUGAUGGGUCUAAGUUGAUGAAUAAUUCAAAACAAAAGGCGGGAGAGAAAUAUUCUUCAGAAAAGAUUGUUGUCGAGAGGUCUAACAUUGAAAGUGAAGAAAAGAGUCUGAAACAAGAAGAAGAUAAGGGGGUUGUUUCUGAAUCCAAGAGUGACAAUGGGGUUGAUGAGAGAGUGCAUUUGGAUGAUGGGUCUGAAUCAAUUGGCAGCAUGUUGGAGGCAAGAUCUGAUGAAUUGGGUUCGGAAAGAAAGAUAGAAAAUGGCCGAUCGUGUAAAGAUAGUGACUUUUCCGAUGUCUCAAGCCAACCAUCAUUAGUACCUGAGGAAGAAGACGAUUUUGGGUGGGAUAAGAUUGAAGAUAUUGAUAGCAUUGAUUCUGGAAGAUGCUAUGAAGAGGAGGAAGAUCUCAGUUGGGAUAUUGAGGAUUUUGACGAGCUUGUUGAUCCACGAUGAUAAAUAUUCUGAGUUUUGUUCUAUAUAACUCACUACUACUCUCUCCAAUUGGGAUAUUUUGCAAAUUGUUAAUUUUUAUGCCAUCAUGGUGAGUUUUUUAUUUUUUAUUUUUAAGGUUGAGGUGUGAAUACAAUAUUUUUUUAUCAAGUGAUUAAUUGUGUUAGUGAUCUAGAAUUUUAUA